CGGUGGACCCACCAGGGGGUUUUCUCUCGCCCGAGGAUCCUAUUUGGGAAUCAUUCCAAAAGCAGGAACCUCCUUCUUUGCAUCCAGGAGCACAUUUUUUUUUAAGAAGGAUUGGGACGUCUUCCCCCCCCAGGAGCAUCUUUGCUUCCACCUGUGAGCACGCAGGCCCCAGGAGGAAGGAAGGAAGGAAGGAAGGGAGGGAGAUAAUUACUGCCACCUGUGAGGAUUAUUAAGGCAGCAUGGCGCACGCCGCCUCGCAGCUGAAGAAGAAGGCGGACGAGAACCUGGUGGCCGCCGAGGAGGAGAAGGAGAAGGAGAAGAAGAGAGCCAAGAGACGCCUGCGAGAUGUCAGGAAGAAGACUGACGUCAACGCCUGCUACCUGCGAGCGGCUCGAGCCGGCAACUUGGAGAAGGCGCUGGACUACCUGAAGAAUGGAGUGGACAUCAACAUCUGCAACCAGAACGGCCUCAACGCCCUGCACCUGGCCUCCAAGGAGGGUCACCUGGAGGUGGUGGCCGAGCUCCUGCGGCAGGGCGCCAACGUGGACGCCGCCACCAAGAAAGGCAACACGGCCUUGCACAUCGCGGCGCUGGCGGGCCAGAUGGACGUGGUGAAGGAGCUCGUCUCGCACCACGGGAACAUCAACGCCCAGUCACAGAAUGGCUUCACGCCGUUGUACAUGGCUGCGCAGGAGAACCACCUGGAGGUGGUCCAGUACCUGUUGGACCACGGUUCCAGUCAGAGCAUCGCCACUGAGGAUGGCUUCACCCCGCUGGCGGUGGCGCUGCAGCAGGGUCACGAGCAGGUGGUGUCGCUGCUCCUGGAGAACGACACCAAGGGCAAAGUCCGCCUGCCGGCGCUGCACAUCGCCGCCAGGAAAGACGACACCAAGGCCGCCGCCCUCCUGCUGCAGAGCGACCACAACGCCGACGUGGAGUCCAAGAUGAUGGUGAACAGGACCACAGAGAGCGGCUUCACGCCUCUCCACAUCGCCGCUCACUACGGGAACAUCAACGUGGCCACUCUGCUGCUCAACAGAGGAGCCGCCGUCGACUUCAAGGCACGGAAUGACAUCACACCGCUGCACGUGGCCGCCAAGCGUGGGAAUGGCAACAUGGUGAGACUUCUGCUGGAGAGAGGAGCCAAGAUAGAAGCACGCACCAAGGACGGUCUGACUCCGCUCCACUGCGGUGCCAGGAGCGGACACGAGCAGGUGGUGGAGAUGCUGCUGAACCGAGGCGCACCCAUCCUGUCCAAGACCAAGAACGGCCUAUCCCCGCUGCACAUGGCCACGCAGGGCGACCACCUCAACUGCGUCACACUGCUGCUGCACCACGAGGCGCCCGUGGACGACGUGACCAACGACUACCUGACGGCGCUGCACGUGGCCGCCCACUGCGGGCACUACAAGGUGGCCAAAGUCAUCGUGGACAAGAAGGCCAACCCCAACGCCAAGGCCCUGAAUGGUUUCACUCCGCUGCACAUCGCCUGCAAGAAGAACCGAGUCAAGGUGAUGGAGCUCCUCCUCAAGCAUGGAGCCUCCAUCCAGGCCGUCACUGAGUCCGGCCUGACUCCCAUCCACGUGGCGGCCUUCAUGGGCCACGAGAACAUGGUCCACCAGCUCAUCAACCACGGAGCCUCACCCAACACCAGCAACGUGAGAGGCGAGACUGCUCUCCACAUGGCUGCAAGGGCGGGCCAGUCUAAUGUGGUCCGCUACUUGGUCCAGAACGGUGCGCGGGUGGAUGCCAAGGCCAAGGACGAGCAGACGCCGCUGCACAUCGCCAGUCGUCUUGGCAAACAGGACAUCGUCCAGCUGUUGGUGACCAAAGGGGCGUGUCCUGAUACCACCACCAGUUCCGGCUACACCCCCCUGCACCUGGCCGCCCGGGAGGGGCACCGGGAGGUGGCGGCCACGCUGCUGGACCACGGAGCCAACCUGGGCAUCACCACCAAGAAGGGCUUCACUCCUCUUCACGUGGCAGCAAAGUACGGCAAGUUGGACGUGGCCAACCUUCUCCUGCAGAAGAACGCUGCGCCGGACGCCGCCGGGAAGAGCGGCCUGACUCCCCUGCACGUGGCGGCGCACUACGACAACCAGAAGGUGGCGCUGUUGCUGCUGAAGCAGGGGGCGUCGCCACACGCUGCCGCCAAGAACGGCUACACGCCGCUGCACAUCGCCUCCAAGAAGAACCAGAUGGAGAUCGCCACCACGCUGCUGGAGUACGGCGCCACCAGCAACAGUGUGACGCGGCAGGGCAUCACGCCGCUGCACCUGGCCGCCCAGGAGGGUCACGUGGACCUGGUCACGCUGCUGCUGGCGCGCGACGCCGCCGUCAACGCCGCCAACAAGCACGGCCUGACGCCGCUCCACCUGGCAGCCCAGGAGGACAAGGUCAACGUGGCCCAAGUCCUGAUCAACCACGGAGCCACAUCCGACCCCGAGACCAAGCUGGGCUACACCCCCCUGCAUGUGGCCUGUCACUAUGGCAACGUGAAGAUGGUCAACUUCCUGCUGAAAAACCAGGCCAAGGUCGACCCAAAGACCAAGAACGGCUACACACCUCUCCACCAGGCUGCUCAGCAAGGACACACACACAUCAUCAACCUGCUGCUGCAUCACGGGGCCUCACCCAACCAACUCACCACGAACGGCAACAGUGCUCUGUCCAUCGCCAGAAGACUGGGUUACAUCUCAGUGGUGGACACACUCAAGGUAGUCACAGAGGAGACGCUGAACACUCUGACGGUGACGGAGAAACACAAGAUGAAUGUUCCGGAGACCAUGAACGAGGUGUUGGACAUGUCUGAUGAUGACGUCUGUAAAGUUGCUGAGGACUAUUUGUCUGAUGUGGAUGAAGAGGUGCAUUCUGGGAAUGUGUGCAUCUACUACUGCUGUGAGGACGCCAUGACGGGGGACACGGACAAGUACCUGGCCCCCCAGGACCUGCGGGAGCUGGGCGACGACUCUCUGCCCCAGGAGGGCUACAUGGGCUUCAGUGUGGGCGCUCGCUCGCAGAGCCUGCGUUCCUUCAGUUCUGAUAGGUCCAACACUCUCAACCGCAGCUCCUUCACGCGGGACAGCAUGAUGAUCGAGGAGAUAUUGGCACCCAGCAGGGACUUGAUGCUCUGUAAGGAAAGGUCAUUGAGGGCAGAAGACCACAACAAGCUCUUGGCGGCGGCCAAAGACCAGGACCAGGACUCCUUGAGGAGGUACAGCUGGACGCCAGACGCCAUGGACAACAUCAACAUGGUCUCCUCACCAGUCCACUCGGGUUUUUCCUCUCCGCUCCCGCAGUACGACAACAGGUUCCUGGUGAGCUUCAUGGUGGACGCCCGGGGCGGCUCCAUGCGGGGCAGUCGCCACAACGGCAUGCGCAUCAUCAUCCCGCCCAGGAAGUGCACGGCGCCCACGCGCAUCACCUGUCGCCUGGUCAAGCGGCAUAAGCUGGCGUCGCCGCCCCCCAUGGUGGAGGGGGAGGGCCCGGCCAGCCGGCUGGUGGAGGUGGGCCCGGCCGGCGCUCAGUUCCUAGGGCCCGUGAUCGUGGAGAUCCCCCACUUCGCCUCCAUGCGGGGUCAGGAGCGAGAACUCAUCCUGCUGAGGAGCGAGAACGGAGAAGCCUGGAAGGAGCACCUGUACGACUGCAAGACCGAGGACCUGCGUCAGCUCCUCAACGGCAUGGAUGAAGAACUGGACAACACGGAGGAGCUGCAGAAGAAGAGGAUCUGCCGCAUCAUCACCAAGGACUUCCCCCAGUACUUUGCCGUGGUGUCUCGGAUUCGUCAGGAAACCAAUCAGAUGGGCCCUGAGGGCGGCACCCUCUGCAGCCGGAGUGUCCCGUUGGUACAGGCCUCCUUCCCUGAGGGGGCGUUAACCAAAAAGAUCAAGGUUGGGCUGCAGGCCCAGCCGGUACCAGACGACACUGUGAAAAAAAUCCUGGGUAACCGAGCCACCUUCAGCCCAAUUGUGACGGUGGAGCCCAGAAGGAGGAAGUUCCACAAGCCCAUCACCAUGACGAUUCCGGUCCCACCCCUCUCAGGCGAGGGUCUUUCCAACGGGUACAAAGGAGACUGCACUCCAUGCCUCCGCCUUCUUUGCAGCAUCACAGGCGGUACUUCGCCGGCACAAUGGGAGGACAUCACAGGCACGACCCCUCUCACCUUCGUCAACGACUGCGUCUCCUUCACGACCAACGUCUCGGCCAGGUUCUGGCUAGCGGACUGCCACCAGGUCCCGGAGACGGUGGGUUUGGCCUCGCAGCUGUACAGAGAGCUGAUCUGCGUGCCCUACAUGGCCAAGUUUGUGGUCUUCGCCAAGAUGAACGACUCGCUGGAGUCCCGGCUGAGGUGUUUCUGUAUGACGGACGACAAGGUGGACAAGACCCUGGAACAGCAGGAGAACUUUGAGGAGGUGGCCAGGAGCAAAGACAUCGAGGUUCUAGAAGGUCGGCCCAUUUACGUGGAUUGUUACGGCAACCUGGCUCCUCUGACCAAAACUGGUCAGCAGUUAGUUCUCAACUUCUACGCCUUCAAGGAGAACCGGUUGCCCUUUUGCGUCAAGGUUCGAGACCCCAGCCAGGAGGCGUGCGGGCGCCUGAGCUUCCUGAAGGAGGCGAAGGGCGCCAAAGGCCUCCCGCAGACGGCGGUGUGCAACUUGAACAUCACGCUGCCCGCCGCCACAAAGGAAAUGGAGUCUGAUGACGAGGAAGAGACUGAAAAGCCCGAGCGACGUCAUACCUUUGCAUCUCUAGCCUUACGUAAGCGCUACAGCUAUCUGGCCGAGCCUGCACUGAAAACAGCAGUUGAGCGAAGCUCACCCGCAAGAACACUGCCUGCUGGUCACCCUCACAAACCUGUCUUUCCAACCAGACCUUACCCACCAUGGUCGACUGCUCCUCUUACCGUCCCUGGCCAAGCAAGGCUCGGCGGAGUGGGGGGUUCCGUCACCACUGCCGAUUCACCGGCCGGCUCAGCAGCUUCUUCUCCACUGAAAUCUCCCUGGCCCUUUUCCCCAUCACCUGCAUGUUCUGCACCUAUUAGAUCCACCGGGGGAUCUCCACUUCAAGCACCUAACCUGUCCUCCUCUCCAGUUAGUGACAAAGUGCCCUCAUCCCCCUUGAGGUCUUACAGGACUAUGCCAUCACCCAUUAAAACAGUUGUCCAGCAGGGUCAGUAUCCAGUUCAAGCCUCUGCCAGCUUGGUGUCCUCUGGAAGUCCAUGUAAACCUGCUACAGAGCCUGCAUCUAUCAGGAGUUUUUCUUCGGCAUACACGUCAAGGACCUCCCCAGUUCACUCAAUAGCCAACGGUUACGUGCCAGAUAAGUUGUCUUCACAUUCAGCUCCAGUAUCACCAAAGACACCAUGUAACAUCUACAGUUCUUUUAGGAUAGAUCCAGGAGCACCGAAUCCUGCCUCGGCUAAAAGCAUCUCCAGCCUAUCCUCUUUGAAAACCUCUUCUGAUUCCACCCUUCCCCCGCGAGGGGGUAAGUCAAACCUAUCGUCGCUCUCCUCCACUGGAAGGACAACCAUUGCUUCAUCAGAAUUGUCCAUGAGGAACGGAAACGCCACACCUGUAAAAUAUCCGUCGUCCUCGUCCACGCCCUCUUCACCUUCUUCUCGACUUCUGUCGGAGAGAAGUAGUAGCCUUCAGGAGAGGAUCCAAGCCACAACGCAGGCAGCAACGUCUGGCAUCAGCGCCGCCAUAAACGAAGCCAUUGACUCGUACUCUGUGUCGGGCUACGGCACUCUCAAAUCGCUGUCUUCCCCUCGUAGAACUGCCACAGCAAGCUCUGCUUACGGUUCUUUGACAUCUGAAGCGUCCCCCACAGGCCCUACGGUUUCUUCGAACACAGUCACUGUCCCUGUUUAUUCAUUGCUCAAUGUCAUGGUAGACACCCCGGUCAAACCAGGGCCUGGGUCUCUCAAAAUGGCAUUCCCCAAUUCCCCUCGAGCCUCGCCCUCUUCCUCUAUGUCUUCCUGCGUUACAUCCUCAAAAAUCAACUCCCAAUUGAAAUCGCCUCCUUUCAUCACUCCUCCCAUUGUCCAUUCCGCAGCUUCCAACCAGGAGAUACUGAAAGAUGUAGCUGACAUGAAAGAGGACCUCAUGAGGAUGACGGCUAUCUUACAGACGAACACGCAGACGGCAGCUAAAACUGUCCAAACGUCUCUCACGAGCACUCCUCAAGAGACCAAGUUAGAUGACGAUGAGCCGUAUACGCUUGUGGAAAAAGUGAAAAAGGAUUUAGUGAAAGUCAGUGAGAUUUUACAGAAGGACAUUGUGAGUGAAAGGAAGUCUAUAGAGAGAGUAGAAGAAGAGGAGGGCUGGGAGGAAUUUUCUUUAGAUGAGCUUGAGGAAGCCCAAAGAAGCGCAGUCUCUUCUGAGGACACGCGUGGUCGUAAGCCGCAGUCAAAUAAAGAGCUGGAAUUGGCUAAAGUGGUUGACUUUCUAACCAGCGACAUUGGCGCUAGCUCUCUCUCUAAAAUGGCAGAAGUGAGAAGUAGGUAUGAGGAGGAGGUGAAAGGGGACGGCGAGGAGAAACAAAAGCGUGUCCUCAAACCAUCCAUGACGAUACAGGAGCAUAAACUGAAAAUGCCUCCACCCGUCUCAGGCAUGCUCAGAUCUCCAUCGGAGAAAGACCUAAGCAAGCUUGCUGAGUCAUAUCAGGGGUCAGACACUAUUCUUGAAUCACCAGAAGAGCUGUCUCACGAGCAGGACAAGAGUCCUCUGUCUGACAGCGGCUUUGAGACCAGGAGUGAAAAGACCCCUUCUGCUCCCCAGAGUGCAGAAAGCACAGACCCCAAGCCUUAUUUCACAGAUGUUCCCAUCCCCCCAAGUGUCCCCGAAAGCAUGUCUGAUGUGGUCGACAUUCAAAGUUACGAGCACCCUUUUGAUGUGCCGCUUCUCGUGGAGGAAACUGUGUCUGAUUUCCCGUCAACAAGCUCAGCCUCAGCCGUUCAGAUGAAAGUUCCUGAGGAGGACUCAAUGAGCAUGUGUCUAAAAGAGGAAACUCAGAUUACUACUACAACUAGAAUGGUCUACCACAAACCUCAGAUCACUGAGGGCGCCGAGAGUAUCGAGGAAGCCAUGUCAGUUCGAGACAUCAUGAAAGCCUUCCAGUCUGGUAGGGACCCAUCCAAAGAACUUGCAGGGCUUUUUGAACACAAAGCUAGCCAGGACUCUGUCAAAGGUGAUGAGCUGUCUCCGCGGUUCCUUGACAGAGACACUAAAUCCAAACCCAAAGUAGAAAGGAUAAUUGAAGUUCAUAUUGAGAAGGGCCAUGGCACCGCAGAGCCAACUGAGGUUUUUAUCAGGGAAACUAAGAAACACCCCGAGAUGUAUGUCUACAAAAGGGACAGGGGCAUCAAGGAACUGCUUGAUUACGAUGAGAACCAACCGGAAGAGGAGGAACUUAUCGUGGAAGAAUCCUUGCCUCUUUUCCUGGAAACAUCCCGCGUCAACACCCCAGUGUCCCAGGAGGACGACAGUCGCCCAAGCUCUGCUCAGCUGAUGGCAGAUGAUUCAUACAAAGCCCUAAAACUGCUCAGUCAGCAUUCCAUAGAAUACUGCGAUGAUGAGCUUUCAGAGAUCAGAGGGGAGUCUUAUGAAUUUGCUGAGAAGAUGCUCCUCUCAAAUAAACUUGACCCAGCGUCAACAUGUCACUCAGACACAGAAGAUUCUGCCAUGAUGGCUGACAAAGACUUAACAUCCGAUGAUAUAAAUCAGCAGCAUGCUAGCCCUAAAAGAUCAAAGGAUGGUUCUCCUAAACAGGGCACAUUUUUGCACAGAGAUGAAGCGCCGCAGUUUGAUAAAGUUACAGUGCUCCAUUAUUCAACAGAACAGGGUAGUCCCAAACGUGCUGUUUGGAUGAGAUUUACAGAGGACAAACAUGACAAAAGCAGGGACAAGCUCCUCUAUGAGGAUCGAGUAGACCAAUCUGUGAAAGAGGCGGAAGAAAAGCUCUGUGAGGUUUCCCAAUUUUUCCGGGAGAAAACAGAAAAGCUCAAUGAUGAGCUUCAGUCGCCUGAGAAAAAGCCUGUCAGGCGACAAAUAAAAGAACCGAGGUCCUGGCCCACUUCAGCUUGCAGCAGUCCGCAGAAAACUAAGGCAGGCGAUGAGGGAGUCUAUAAAAGCAAACUCAGGGAGCCUUCUGUCUCGAGAACAUUUGACAACAUUCAACCAGCUGAAAAGAAAAGCUACAGCUUGCCAAGCAGUCCUCAAAAGAGCGAUACAAUUAAACAACAAACUAGGAUCAGUGAAUCUGAACCUUCCUCUCCUGCCCACAUAGCAUCCACGUCCAAAGUCAGCUCUGUAAAGUUGAAGUAUGAAUCUGAAUCUCAGAGAAAAGGUCAGUCCAGUCCAACCAAAAUCCCCCCUCCAGUUCAGCCAAAACCUUCUAUUAAGUCAUUACAAGAGAGCAAACUCCCUGUUUACCAAUUUUUAGCUGACAGAAAAGCAUCCAAAGUUAGUGAAACGUCUCAAGAGGAAAGCUCCUAUAGUAGUAAUGAUAAUAAAUAUGACAAAGCUGAUUCAAUAUCCGCUCAUUCCCCAAAACACAGUGGUGAUACUUUAGUGAACAGAAAUCUCCCAAAUCUCUCACUGCAGAGACAAAGUAGCGUCGUCGGGCCUGAGAAACCCACCAGUAAAGUCAAAGAUGCUCAUUGUAUCAUCACUCAGGAAGUUCACGUUGGUAGUAAUAUUCCUGAGAAAGACAAGUAUGUUAAAACAUAUCAAGCAGCUGAUUUUUCAAGAAAAGACGGCGAGGAAAUAACAAAUAAAAAUGUCAGAAAACAAUCAGACUCACACAUUCCUGUAAGAACAGCAACCAGUUUUAAUGUUAAUGACCUCCCAAAGACGCAUUCUGUGACAAAACCCUCACAGAUACCUACUCUAUCUAAAUGUAAAAGCCUGGAAAAAACCUCAGCAAAAACAGACAAAGCUUUUGAAAUUCUUGAUAACACUCCUAAAGAUUCCAACUCUAAUAACUUAGUCAGUCCAAAAGACAUUCUGGAGAAGGUCAUUACCCCUGCGGCUGAUGCAGCACCCAAAGAGAACUUUAGGGGCAUGAAAACGUUACCUGUUUAUGUCAGCCUCCAGGUGGGCCGUCAGGCUGAGCGGGAGGCCAAGGGGGCGCUGCAUUCCAUCAAACAGGACUCGGCGCUUCCCAUAAGCCCAGAUGAUGACACACUAGAACAGAUCUCUUUCAUAGAUAGCUCAGGGAAAAGCCCCCUCACGCCAGAGACCCCAAGCUCUGAGGAGGUCAGCUAUGACCUGACCGCCAGGACCCCCGAUGGCUUCAUGGGAUUAGUGGCAGGUCAGCCGAGCCCCAUCAUGGAGGUAUCUGAAGAAUUAGAAGAUGACGAGCAAGGCAGAGACAUUUUUUACUUUAAAGAUGCCCCAACCGAAAGCAAAACUCAAGCGGACCUUGUUAAUGCUAACAUGCUAGAAACUACAAUGACUGAUAACUAUCAAAGAUUAGAAAAUAUAUCCAUUCUGCAAGAAAACACAAUCAACGAUUCUGAUGAAAAAACAGGUCAGGAUGUCUCAAAAGACAAAGGCGUGGCCUACAUCGAAUUCCCCCCUCCCCCUCCUUUAGAUCUCUCAGAAACAUCUGAUCCAGACAGGAAAGGUUCUUGGGCUUCAUCAGAAACUGAAACUGAAAUGAUGGAAGUGAAUUUACAGGAGGAACACGCCAAAAAGAUGCUGACUGAGCCAAUAAUACGUAUUCAGCCUCCUUCGCCAGUGCCCCCUGAGGGAGAUGAUAGUCAGUCACAUGGCGAAGACGACGACGAAGAGUCAAUAUUCCAUUCCAUCCCCAGAAAGAAGUUUACCUUCAAUGCUCCCAGGGAGGAGGAAGAGAGGAGGGAGAAAUGUAAAAAACAAGACAACAAUGGAAACAUCAAUGACCCUGUGGUUGGAACCAAUGGCUUUAAUGACACCAAUGGUUCUAACGGCAAGGGAGAGGACUAUGAUUUUGAACAAAAUGGAAAUGACCAGUCCAUAACGGACUGUUCCCUCGCCACAACAGCUGAAUUUUCCCAUGACACUGAUGCCACAGAGAUAGACUCACUAGAUGGAUAUGAUCUCCAAGACGAGGAUGAUGGUCUUUACGAACAAGCUGAUUUAAAGUCAUUAGGAAGCCCUGAUAGCAGGCGAGAUGUCUGGGCGCCCGACACAUUUAGAUCUAUAGAGCGUUCUUUCCCUCAGACUAAACUUGAAGUUAUUGAAGAGGAGAAAACUCCAGAGGAAUGUCCGAAGGACCAAAGAGAUAUUUCUUUCGAUGGUGAAAGACCGAAUAAUGGUCCUGAAAUCAACAAACAGAAACAUUCAGCUAAAGAAGGUUAUUCAAAUGCCUACUUUAGUUAUAAGUUAGAAGAGGAGUUUAAUUCUCCUUUUAAGACGGUCGCCACUAAAGGCCUGGACUUUGACCCCUGGCCCAGCAAAGGCAGUGAAGAAGACGUUGUCGACAUGGAAGGAACGCAGGAAGGCAAUGGCGAGCCUAAGCCUUUUGGGCUGGCAGUCGACGACCAGUCUCAGGCCACCACGCCAGACACCAGCCUGGCCCGAACGCCCACUGACGAUAGCACACCCACGAGCGAGCCAAAUCCCUUCCCGUUCCACGAGGGAAAGAUGUUUGAGAUGACACGCAGUGGUGCAAUUGACAUGAGCAAGAGGGACAUGGUGGAGGAGAGGCUCCAGUUUUUUCAAAUUGAACCAUCUAGAAGUUCCUGCCCUUCACGCACCUCCACUUCCAUCGCAUCAACACCUUCUGCUAGAGCCGCGAGCGCUGACCAUCAGCAGGCCGGUCGUCGGAGGCUGAGGAGGAGGAGCGGGAGGAAGAGUAGGCCGACACAUGGAGGGGAGGAGCGCGAGGAGGAAGGGAGUCCUCAGAGUCCCUGCGAAAGGACAGACCUCCGCAUGGCCAUAGUCGCAGACCACCUGGGACUCAGCUGGACCGAGCUGGCCCGGGAGUUGGACUUCUCGGUGGAGGAGAUCAACAACAUCCGGGUGGAGAACCCCGACUCCCUGACGGCGCAGAGCUUCACGCUGCUGAAGCGUUGGGUGCACCGAGACGCUCAACACGCCACAACGGACGUUUUAACGGCGGUGCUGAAUAAGAUCAACCGCUUGGAUAUUGUGACUUUGCUGGAAGGGCCCAUAUUUGACUACGGUAACAUUUCAGGCACGCGCUGCUUUGCCGAUGAUAUCGCAGUAGACCCGGAUCAGUCCGAUGGGUACCACAAUGUAGACCUGGAGCUGCACCUGAGCUCCGCCCCCCCGACCCCCGACGACUCGUGCGUAGGUGUAGUAGCCCCCCCGAGCCCCGCCGCCCUCCCCCGGCCUAGCGACCUCUCCCUGGCCCGGACCACCGAGGGGACCCUGGCAUCGCCCCCCGUGGCGCGGGCGGAGGAAGACAGCGGCCUGGCGUCCGGCGAGUGGGCCGACAACGACAGGCGGGCGGCUCAGCAGCGCAGCGCCAAGAUCGAGUUUGAGGGUGCCUACGCCUCGGACCCAGAGCACCACGCCAAGAUGGAGGAGGAGGAGGAGGAGAUGACGGAGGAGAGGCUGAGGAGUCUCCUGGAGGACAUCCAGAUGGAGGAGGACGGCCUGGAGGACGAGGAGAUGACGGAGGAGAAGUUGCACGCCAUCCUUCAACGAGUCCGACAGGCAGAAAAAGAUUUGUCUUCACUUCCAGGCUGGAGCGGCGACGCCGCCGCCGUGGACCCCGCCCCCUCUGACCUCGGCCACGCCUCCCAGGAGGACAGCCCCGACUCGCUGGAGCAGCAGCCGCCGCCUCGCCGGGACCAGGAGGAGGCGGAGCUGUCGCGCGGGAGGGGAGGAGCCAAGGAGGAAGGAGGCGACAGGUCGGGUCUCAGAGUCCAGUGGGCACAAAAUGUCAUGGAUGAUGAUGACGAUGAUGAAGAUGAUGAUGAUGAUGAUUAUGAAGAUGAGGAUGAGGAUGAUGAUGAUGAUGAGGAGGAGGAGGAGGGGGAGGAGUCUAGUUCUGAGGAAGAGACCACCGUCACCACCCGAGUCUUUCACCGCCGUCUCAUUCUCAAGGGGGAGGCGGCCCGGCAGGUUCCAGGUGAGUCGGUGACGGAGCAUCACUUCACCGACCAGCACGGGAAUCUGGUCACACGGAAAGUGAUCAGGAAGGUGGUGCGGCGGGUGGUGGGCGGCGGCUCACAGAAAGACAGAAAAGAUGCAGAGGAAGGCGCUGCUGCUGUUGCCACGGCAACAGGAGGCGGGAAGGGCAAGGGGAGGGGCAAGCGGCAGGCUGAAAAGCCCGGAGAGCCCGCCAACGGCAACAACAACAACAACAACAACGACAACGCCAAAGCGGCCAGCAAGAGUCACUCGUAACAGCCAAACUCCUGACGCCAGCAGGUCCUCUGACGUGCACCUGUGUCUCUCUCUGUCUCACACACACACACACACACACACACACACACACACACACACACGAGCUGGGAGAGAAAAUGACUCAGCAUGGUUUCUAACAGCGAGACAAACUUUUCAUUUGGCAUGAGCAUGUCCACCAGAAGGCACUUUUAAGGACGGCCAGGAACAACAACAACAACAACAACAACAACGACGACGCCCCCUCGACCUUCAAGGGUGUCACGUGACCUCGGCUCUCAGGGGCCACGGACAGACGGCGCGGGGCCACGCCUUAUCUGGUCCCGCCGCAGUCCUUCAUUUGUUGUUUGCAAAGUCCAAACAUGAAAGUGUGAAAGAAUCAGGACUGCUUUAUGCACCGAGCUGGAACAGGACUGUGGUUUCUCCUGCAUGUGACGCCCUUUUCAUCUCAGCUUUCAAGCCAAAGCACGGGAGAGGAAGUGGCUCCUUCCUUUCACAAUAAGACAAGUGGCACAUCUUUGCAAUAAUAACAUGAAUAAUAACGCGGCGCUUCAUUGGUGUGCUUCUCACUUCAAGUGGGACUCUUUUCCUUUCUUUGGAUUGUUUGGAUUUGACUAACAAGAGAAUCUCCACAUGGUGGACUUUUUACUGCUGUUGAAAAUCUCAUCGUCUGUUCCCGUGUCAACAUAUUUGAUUUUGAUCUUCCUUGAUGAUGAACCUUGUACGACACACACUGGAUGAUCCAAGACUUAUUUAAGCAAAAUAAAAUCUCUUUAAACUGAA